AUGACAAAUUUCAGCUUGUUCCCUGCGCUUAAACACAACCAGGCUGACGACCUGCGCAAGGCCGCGGCAGAGGGCAACGUUGCAUGGAUCGCCCGGAUCCUCAGCGGCCGCACGCCUGCGGAUCCCAAGAAAAAGGAACACACGAGCGCGCUGCAGAUGGCAAGUCGCAACGGCCACAUGGAGGCGGCACGGGUGCUUGUUGCCAAGGGCGCAGAUGUCAACAGGAUCUCGCCCGACGGCACCGCGCUGAUGGAUGCGGCCGCGUUUGGCCACGAGGAGAUCGUGCGGUUCCUGCUUGAGAACAAGGCCGACGCGCAGCUGGGCGUGGACGGCGACCUGCCCGCGCACCGCGCGGCGCGCUCGGGCCAUGCUGCCGUCCUGCGGAUCCUGGAGCAGCUGCCCGGCGGCCCCGAGGCGCUGCUUGCGCCCAACGCGGACGGCAAGACGCCGCUGAUGCUUGUGUCGGCGCUGCAGGAGGGCGGCGCGGAGGCGGCGGCGUUCCUGAUGGAGCGUGGCGCGGAUCCCUGCGCAGCCGACAAGGCGGGAAGCACGGCCCUGCACACUGCGGCCACCUCUGGCAACGCGCCCGUCGCGCGGCUGCUGCUGGCCACGCUCCACGGCGAGCAGCUCGCGAGCGCCGCCAACGUGCAGGGCCGCACGCCGCUGCACCUCGCCGCGCUGUUUGGUCACGAGGGCGUGGUGCGCGCGCUGAUGGAGCGCAAGGCGGACGUGUCGGCGGCAGACCAGGACGGCUGCACCCCGCUGCACAUGCUUUGCAAGUCGCUGAUGAUCGGCGCGGAGGCGCAGGUCGACGUAGCCCGCGCCAUCAUCGCAUCGGGCGCCGACCCCUCGGCCCGCGACGGGCUGGGACGCAGCUGCGCGGACUAUGCGGCCGGCCCGGCGCUGCAGCAGCUGCUGGCCGGCGGGGUGGCAAGCACCAGCAGGGGUGCCGGGGAGCAGCUGGAGGUCCGGGCGUCGCCAAAGGUGGUCAGCCUCAAGCAGGGACCGUCCAAGAAGGAGCUUCUCCAGGAGGCGCUGCAGGAGGGCCUUGCGACCUCGGGCGUGUCGGUGGCCGUCGCCAUCAGCGACGGCGAGGAGGUCGCAGCGGCGGCUGGCCCCGAGGCCUUCCUUAUCAAGCAGGCGCUCCGCAAGCACACCAGCGAGGAGCCCGACGGCUGGAAGCUGGGCUCCGAGGUUGCGCCGCAGUGA